AUGUGUCUUGGACUCGGCUUCCCUUUUUCUGAUGUUGAAUAUAAUGCUGGUAAAACUCUUUCAGAACAAGUUACUGAAAAUGAUUUAUCUGUUGGAUUUGUUUAUCCAUCAACUAUGAAAAUUCGAGAUAUAUCAAGAAAAAUAGCUGUAGCAUUAGUAAAAUAUGUUUAUGAAAAAAAUUUAGCAGCUCCUUAUUCAAAACCAACCAAAUGA